GGUAAUUAUUUUUAGGUUCUAAAGCUAUCUGUCUUUAACAGAUGUUAUGUUGUAUUAUUAUUGCCGACAAUUCGAUUUUUAAAACCAAACUAACUUGUCUGUCUGAGAUUUUUUUUUUAUCUUCGACUUUUUGUUUUAAGUUUUUAACUGCUGCACAAAGUUUACCUACAAAAACCCUGCAUUUGUGGUUAAGAGUUUGAUGGUCUCUAAAAUGUAGAAGGGUUUUCAUAUUUCAUUUUAUGUUUGGUGAGUCAUGUUUAAUAAUAUGCCAGAGCAGUGAAGGUAAACUGAUAAGCACAGUAAAUGAAAGGAAAGGAUGGAAGGAAGGAACGGAGGAGAGAAGAAGAAGCGAGUUCACACUACUCGGACUGAUCAGUUUACCUUGAAUGAUCUAACUGGUACCUAAAUGUCAGCGCCUGUUCAGGUAAACCGCGUGCUUUGCUGCGGUGUUGCUUGAAGUGCCUAACAUUGAACGUGUGUAGGCUGAGAAUGCAGUUGCUGUUUUUAAACGAACGUCUUUAUGUGGCCUAACUUUGAGGUUAACUGUUUGAUCAUGCCACCUAAAAAAAAAGCAGCUGCAGCCGAAGAAGUAACUUCAUCUUCUGAUGUGCCCAAGAAAUAUGAAAAAGUGUCAGGAAAAGCUAAACCAGAAUCCAGCAACGCACCUGCUGUGGCAUGGAGAACUCCUCUUCAUCCACCUACGAUGGUGAUGGUUAACGAAGCGCUGAAGGAGUUGGACUCUCGAAAGGGGGUGUCCUCGCAGGCCAUUCGCGGAUACAUAACAGAGAAAUAUCCAUCUGUGGACCUGGUGAGGUUGAAAUACAUGAUACGCAAGACCCUGAAAAAAGGAUUCGAGGGAGUACAGGGGAGGUUUCGGUCAGGGUUAUGGUCAAGGAGCCCAAGCCAAAGGCCACUGAGAACACUGAUCCCAAGAAGACUACGGACAAGGAAGCCGAAGCUGAGAAGAAAAAGGCUACAGCCAAAAAGCAGAAGGAGAAACCUUCAGAGGCAAGAUGCAAAACUCAGGAAGGCCGCAAAAGCAUCUGCUUCCAAGGUGGCCCCUGCUAAGAAGCCCAAGUCGAAUAGGACAAUGGGGAAGAGGGGACAGCUGAGGAUCAACCCAAAGCACAGAAGACUACCAAGGGUGAAGUGGCAGCCAAGAAGGGUGCAAAGGCCAAAGCUUGCCAGAAGCCUGCAGAGGGUGAUGAAGGGGACACUAAUGCUCCUGAAGCUAAAACCACAGAGAAACGAGGCAAGGGGGGCAGCAGCAGAGUGA